AUGGAUGAAGCAGCGCCAUGCCAUGCCUACGAUUAUGGGCUGCGAUCUCCACUGCUAGAUGCAUCAACAGCCGAGAAGCAGACUUCGCAACAAUGGCAUGAGGGAGCCGGGUGCAGUGACCGCUUCAUUCCAAGCCGGGCUGCUUCCGACCUUGAAAGUGGGCUCGCGUUGCUAUCGGAGAGUUCCCGGCCAGAUGCGCGCGAUGAAAACAACUCUGUCUAUGCGCAGCUUCUCCGGAGCGAGCUUCUUGGGAUCCGCCCUGGGGCAGAGAAGGAAGAAAAAACAUUUAGGUCUCCAGACAGCAAGAGCCUCUUUAAAUACAAGAGCUGCUCACAGGCUAGUCAAGAAGACGCAUUUUCUUUGUCACCCGUUUCCUUUCAGAGCAGCCGUUUGCUCAGUACGCCUCGAAAGGCACCAAGAAAGAUUGCCAAAGUGCCUUUCAAGGUUCUAGAUGCCCCGCAGUUGCAGGACGACUUCUACCUUAACCUGGUUGAUUGGUCAUCUGCCAAUGUGCUGUCUGUUGGUCUGAGCAACUGCGUUUACCUUUGGAGUGCUUGCACCAGCCGGGUGACCAAGCUAUGUGACUUGGGACCGGACGACACUGUGACCUCAGUCUCAUGGACCCAGAGAGGGGCCCACCUCGCAGUUGGAACGAACAAAGGUGAAGUUCAAAUAUGGGACUCCACGCAGUGUCGCAAAAUGCGCACCAUGAGUGGGCAUUUGGGCAGAGUUGGCACCAUGGCAUGGAAUGGCUUUGUUCUGUCAACCGGAAGCCGGGACCACCAUAUCCUUCACAGGGAUGUUCGCCAACCAGCGCCAUUUAUGUCCAAGCUUCACGGUCAUCGACAGGAGGUUUGCGGGUUGAAGUGGUCCUUUGACGAGCAGCAGUUGGCAUCUGGAGGGAAUGACAACAAGUUGUGUGUCUGGUCUCUAAAGUCCACCGAGCCUGUUCUCAAGUUCAACCGCCACCAAGCAGCCGUUAAAGCAAUCGCCUGGUCUCCACACCAGCAUGGACUCCUGGCUUCAGGGGGCGGAACGGCAGACAGGUGUAUCCGCUUCUGGAACACCGUGAACAACAUGCCUCUAUCUUGCAUUGACACCGGCUCUCAGGUGUGCAACCUUGUCUGGUCCAAGAAUCUGAACGAGAUCGUCAGUACCCAUGGGUACUCACUCAACCAGAUCAUUCUGUGGAAGUACCCUUCCAUGACCAAGGUUGCGACGCUCACAGGGCACACAUACCGAGUCCUUUACUUGGCAAUCUCACCAGAUGGUCAAACGGUGGUGACAGGCGCCGGAGACGAAACACUGCGUUUUUGGAACGUGUUUCCAAGCACAAAAUCCAGGUCUGGGUCGAGCUUGUCCUUCUCACUUCCCCUCGGCCGCACUAUCCGCUGA